CAUACACCAUUGAUCACAACACCAGCGAAUGUCUCUACCUUACUUCAAUAUGGAGUUUCUUCCUUAUAACUCUCUCUUGUUAUUGCUUCCUCUUAUUUUCCUUCCUUCUCUAUACUUUUUCAUUACAUCUAAAGCCAAGAAAAAUGUUAUUGCAGAAAAACCCAACUUUCCUCCUAGUCCUCCUAAGAUACCUAUCCUUGGUAACUUCCAUCAACUUGGUUCGCACCCUCAUCGUUCACUUCAUAACCUAUCUCAAAAAUACGGUCCGGUUAUGCUUCUACAGCUCGGCCGUAUACCCACGCUCAUAAUUAACUCAGCUGAAGCUGCAAAACAAAUAUUGAAAACACAUGAUCUUGAGUUUUGUACUAGACCUGAUUUGGUUCGUCCAAAGCGUCUUACGUAUAAUAACUUAGAUAUUGCUUUUGCACCUUACGGUGAGUAUUGGAAAGAGGUUCGAAAAGUAAGUGUACAUGAAUUGCUAAGUAUGACCAGAGUGCAAUCCUUCUCGGCAGUUCGACAAGAAGAAGUUGCAGAUAUGAUAAAAUCUAUCUCUGCUACUUCUUCUGCUUCUGCUCCUAUUGAUCUGUUUGAAAAAUCCUUAAGUUUAUCUGACAAAAUUAUUUCAAGGAUAGCCUUUGGUAAGAGGGCUCAAAAGGGAGAGAAAUAUGAAAAUGGUAGACUAAAAGAAAUUAUAUACGAAGCCAUGGCCGCGCUGGGUUAUAUGCGCGCGUCUAAUUUCUUCCCUGAGGUAGGGUGGAUUCUUGACAGACUCUCUGGAGCAUAUUGGGCAACUGAAAAAAGUUUCCAUGAUUUUGAUAAAUUUUUUCAACAAGUCAUCGACGAACAUCUUGAUCCAGCAAGACAAAAGGCUGAACACGAUGAUAUCAUUGAUGUUCUGCUCAAACUUGAAAAGGACAAUCCAUCUUCUACAGUUCAUUUCACUCACGAUCAUAUCAAGGCAAUUCUUACUAAUUUGUUUAUUGCCGGGGUAGACACAUCAGCUGUAACCAUAAACUGGGCAAUGGCAGAACUUAUUAAAAAUCCUAAAGCAAUGAAAAAAGUACGAGACGAAGUUAGAAGCUACGUCGGUAAAAGCAAAGACAAGGUAGAAGAAAAGGAUCUUGACCAAUUCCCAUACCUAAAGAUGGUAGUGAAGGAGACCUUACGGCUACACCCUCCAGCUCCAUUUUUGCUUCCCCGAGAGAGUAUGACAUACAGCAAGAUAGGUGGGUACGAUGUAUACCCAAAAACAAGAGUCCUUAUAAACGCAUGGGGAAUAGGGAGAGACCCAGCAUGUUGGGAAAAACCAGAUGCAUUUUACCCAGACAGGUUCGUAGACAGCUCAUUCGACUUCACAGGACAACAGAGUUUCGAACUUGUACCUUUUGGAGGAGGUCGACGAGGUUGCCCUGGUGUUAACAUGGGGCUCGUAACUAUAGAGCUUGCACUCGCAAAUUUGUUGUACUGUUUUAAUUGGGAGUUGCCAAAUGGGUUGAAGAAAGAAGAUGCAAACAUGGAGGAAGUGGCUGGUACUAUUGCUGCUCAUAUGAAAGAUCCUCUAUACCUUGUACCUAUUAAGGUAUAAGCGUAAAGUAAUUGGGUCACCGAAUGCAUCAAGGUCGUUGUUUAUAGUGUAUUCAGACUUGAUUUGGAUGUAUUAUUGUUGGUGCUUUGUGUGUGGUUCGAAUAUGCACGCUGUUUUGUGUACUACAGCUUGUUUUUCUUUGGUUUGGCUCAUCCUUGUGGCGGUCAUCCUUUGUUUUUGUUGCUUUUAAUAAAAUGUGUACAAAAGUGUGAAAAUGAAGUCUUGUUUUGUUUGAAACACAAGAGUAGUUCAAAUGUCA